CUCAAAUUAAAGCACACAGUACAAUAAGAUACGGUCUUUAUUGAUCCCACUGGGAUGAGUCCACUUUAAGCGGCUCACAGAGGCCAGAAACGCAGGGUUCAGACCCGGGCUCCACUUCCAGGUCCUGCGCGUGGAGGAUGGAGAGGAGUCACCAGGGGCUCAACUUUCAAACUCCACCUCCACAGACGUGCGUGUCCGUGCCCCCCUUCCCUCCGCCGGCUCCCGCAGCCCCGCGUCCACCUUCUCUUCGCCGCCCGUCAUGGAGCUCCGCUGCGCGCUCGUCGCGUGCCUUCUCCUCCCUCUGUGCGCGUCCGUCCACUUGGAGCCGUACGAUUUCCUCUUCGACACGGCGGUGGAGGCCUACUACAAGGGGGACUGGCUGUCGGUCAUCCUGAACAUGGAGAAGGCGCUGCGGAACAAAGCGACGGUCCGCGGCGUGAAGACGCGCUGCCAGCUGAGCUGCGCCAACCACAGCGCGUUCGGCGAGCCGCUGGACGGCGUGGGCGUCCCCGUGCCCGGGGCCGGCUCCGUGGACGACCUGGGCUUCUUCCAGAAGAUCCUGAAACGGGCCGACUGUGUGACCGCCUGCGAGGCCGAGCAGCUCGGUUCACCGAACCUGCACAAAGUCAGCGAGGAGGUGGAGUUGGAGUUUAAGAAGAGGAGCCCGUACAACUACUUACAAGUGGCUUAUUUCAAGCUCCACAAGUUGGACAAGGCCGUGGCGGCUGCCAACACGUUCUUCCUGGCCAACCCGGACCACACGGAGAUGAGGCAGAACCUGGAGUACUACCGCAGGAUGGCCGGCGUGCACGAGGCCGACUUUAAGGACCUGGAGGCCAGGACGCACAUGUCAGAGUUCCUGCUGGGAAAGAGCUCGUACAGCGACGACGCCUUCGUGGCGGCAGCCGAGCACUUUGAAGCGGCGGUGGACGAGUACUUCAAGGCCGAUCAGGAGUGCAGAGCUCUGUGUGAGGGCGCCUACAACUACGACGGCUACAACUACAUGGAGUACAGCGCGGACCUGUUCCAGAGCGUGACAGAUCACUACAUGCAGAUCCUGAACUGUAAGCAGCGCUGCGCCGUGGACUUGGCCUCCACAGCUGGAAGGAACAAGCCCUUCGAAGACUUCCUCCCCUCACACUUCAACUACCUGCAGUUCUCCUACUACAACAGUGAGAAGCUGGAGCAGGCCAUAGAGUGUGCAAAGACCUUCCUGCUGUUCCACCCGGAGGACGAGGUGAUGAAGCAGAACCUGGCUUAUUACUCAGCCGUGCUGGGCGACGACGCGGCACGCGCCAUCUCACCCAGACAGGAGGUGAAGCGGUACAUUCAGCAGUCGCUGCUGGAGAAGGAGCUGCUCUACUUUGGAUACGAAGCUUUCGGGAUCACCUUUGUAGAUCCGGACACGUGGACCCCUGAGGAGGUCAUGCCGAAGAAACUAAGAGACAAGCAGAAAGCUGACAGAAAGACCGCAGCCAGGAUCACAGAGGAAAUAGAAAGUCUGAUGAAGGAGAUCGAGACUCUGGUUGAGGAGAAGAAAAAGGAUUCCUCAGACAUGACCAAGAUGAUAGUUCCCCCAGAAGGUUGUAGUCUCAGACCACCAUGUGCAUCAUGGCGCAGUCCGUACCUCAGCAUUUACUACUCUGUUGUUCCCACAGGUGGCGCUCCGCUCUAUGACAACAUCACGGUGACCAUGACGUCCUCCCAGCUCAACGGCUCCCAGCGGGUGCUGCUGGACGGAGUGAUCACUGACGACGAGUGCAGGGAGCUGCACAGCCUGUCCAACGCAGCUGCUCUGAAAGGUGAUGGCUACAGAGGCCCGUCCCCCCACUCCCCCAGUGAGACCUUCCAGGGAGUCACCGUCCUGAAAGCUGUCAAGCUGGGACAGGAGGGGAAGGUUCCACUGAACAGCGCUCGUCUGUUCUUGGACCUGAGCCAGAAGGUGAGGAAGGCGCUGGAGUCCUACUUCCUGCUGGAGGCGCCACUCUACUUCUCCUACUCUCACCUGGUGUGUCGCUCCGCCAUCGAGGAGAAGCAGGACGACCGUAAGGACCUGAGUCACUCUGUCCACGUGGACAACUGUCUGCUGGUGUCAGAGCUCAACGAGUGCGUGAAGGAGCCUCCGGCAUACACUCACAGAGACUACAGCGCCAUUCUCUACUUAAAUGAUGACUUUGAGGGAGGAGACUUCAUUUUCACAGAGCUUGACGCCAAGACAGUCACGGCUGAGGUGCGUCCGCGGUGUGGCCGCGUGGUCGGGUUCGGAGCUGGGAAAGAAAACCCACACGGGGUCAGGGCCGUGACCCGGGGUCAGAGGUGUGCAGUGGCGCUGUGGUUCACCCUGGACCCUGCCCAUGAAGACAAGGAGAGGAUCCAAGCUGAGGAUCUGCUCAAGAUGUUUUCUACCCCUGUGAAAGCCGAGUUCAGCGGGACAGAGGUGAGAGACGCCGCCGAGCCCCAGGGGGGGGCAGCCGAGCCUCCCCCAGGAGGCCAAGGAACAGCGGAGAACAGGCCAGAUGAUGCAGCAUCCACACAGAAGCCCGACACACACGCUGACAAAGGAGCGGUCACACCUACGGCUAAAGCAAAGACGAAACCAGUCAGCAAAAAAGCCAAAGACGGAGACCAGACAAAAGCCAAGACAGGAAACAACGUCAAGGCUGCUGCCAAAAAACAGACAGUAAAACCUCAGAGCAAACAGGGAGACAAAAAGAACACGAAAGCAGCCGGUAAGACGGCAAAAGCUGUGGCCAAGAAAGACUCGAACAAAGCUGCUGACCCAACGUCGGCCUCAGACUCUGCCAACGGGAGGGACGAGCUUUGAUCCCAUGACGUGUGCUGUCUGUGGUUUCAUUUUGUGAGAGCUGGAAUGAGAGCUGAUGUUGUCUCUCAGUUUGUCCCCAAGUGACUGUAGCCAUUGUUGUUUGGCUUCGUUGCAUAGUCCCAUCAGAUUUCAGUGGUGUAACUGGGAGGAGGGUUAAUAUUGAAAGUGUUUUGUGUGAAUCUAUGGAAUAAAAGUGAUGUUUCUACA